UUCGGGUCCAAAUUUCUGAGCCCAAUAUUAUUUGGGCCGAACUUGGGCCAGGACUACUAAAUUAUCGGGCUUAUUGGUCAAGCCCGGCUGAGUACAAUGGGUCCUAUGAUAUUAAUGUGUUUCAAUUUGAUUGGACAUGUUAUACAAACUUUAUAUGCCAUGAAUUCAAUUUUCAUGCUUUCUAA